AUGGGACGAUUUGCCAAUUCUGAUACCCGAGAUCCUGCCGUCAAUGUCACCAACUGGUUUCUGGUCGUUGUUGCGGGGUUAAGCGUGCUUAUUCGGCUGGGGACCAAGUUCUGGAUCUUUCACCGGUUGACCAGCGAUGAUUACCUGAUAAUCGCAGGCUUGGCAUUCUGCAUUGCACAAUCUGCAGCCAUCUCAACAGCGGUGGCACACGGAUAUGGAUAUCAUUUCGCGACAAUCUCGAGUCAAAAUUUUGACCAGGUCAUGAAGUCACAGUAUGCAGCCUACAUCUUGUACUUCGCAAGCCUUUGCUUUUCCAAGCUAUCGCUCUCAACGUUUAUCCGCAACUUGACCCCGGUGCAUAAGGAUCACUUCCAGGCGGCCGUCCUGCAGGUCCUUAUUACGAUUCUGGGAGUGGUUGGGGUCAUUGGUACGGCCUUUCAAUGUCAUAUGCCCCGUCCAUGGGAUUAUUUGCAUGGUCAAUGCUUCAACUUGCUCGCCUGGAACUACUUUCUUUCGGUGUCGAAUAUUGUUACAGAUUGUAUGAUCAUUGCACAGGCCUUGCUCUUAAUUGCCGGCAUUCAGGCGACGUGGGGAAAAAAGAUAGUGUUCGCCAGUAUAUUUCUAUCCAGAAUCAUCGUGAUCAUAGCAGCAGUUGUCGAACUGGUCUUCUUGCGCGACGUCAGUCAUUCCACCGAUCCGACAUACGACUACUGUCCUACCACAAUCGUGUCGCAAGUUGUGCAGUGCGCGAGUAUAGUCACUGCAAGCUGGGGCCAACUGAAGCCGUUCCUCAAUCAGCUCAAGUCCAAUGGGCUGCGUAUUCAAGGGGUGGAGUACCAAUAUUCGACUGGGAAGGGUCAAUCAUCACGAUCCUACGGACGAUCUGCGACACACCAUAGCCGGGAGGAGCACCACGAACUGGUUCCAGUCGCAUCAGGACAGAAUCUGACCACAAUUUCGGCGUCACCGGGGUGGGAUGCGGAUAGCCAAUCCAGUCAAACUGGGAUCAUCCGCGAGACACGGACAUGGGUCGUGACUGGCGAUGAAGGAGAUCCAGGUCAUAGGUCUUGA